UCAAAAACCAUCAAAUUCAAGCACGUGGGAUUUUAAAGUUUUGUUUUUAUAUGGAAUAUGUGCUGGAAAAUAUAAAUCUGUUAUGAUAUUGUUAAGCUUUUUCGAAAAAUUGACAAGGGGUUAACGGAAAAUAUAACUAAAAGCAUAUUUCACUUAGUACGACUUCAAGUUAUCUAACUUCGACCUUGUAAAACGUGCCUGUAAAUUAGAUUUCAAAAAUGGGGAAGAAAAGGAAGUUGGCAGCCGAUAAAGAUGACUUUGAGUAUGAUCCUAUACCUAAACAUUUAGUGACAUCACAUAUAAAGAAGCAGGAAAAGCGUUUAAUUGUAAUAUUAGAGAAUGCUCAGCUUGAAACUGUUAAGAAUGGUAACAGUUUUGAGCUUCUGAACUGUGAUGAUCAUGCUGGUAUAUUGCGUAGAAACGACAGAGAUCCUGGGUCAUGCCGGCCAGACAUCACUCAUCAGUCAUUAUUGAUGUUGAUGGACUCGCCUUUAAACAGAGCUGGUCUAUUGCAAGUUUAUAUUCACACAGAAAAAAAUGUACUGAUUGAAAUCAAUCCACAGACUAGGAUACCAAGGACUUUUAAAAGAUUUGCCGGAUUAAUGGUUCAACUUCUUCAUAAAUUUGCAAUAAGAGCAUCUGAUGGACCUAUGAAAUUAUUAAAAGUUAUAAAGAAUCCUAUAACAUCACACUUACCUGUAGGGGUAAGAAAAAUAACAAUGUCAUUUAGCUCCAAAAUGGUACAAACGUGUAGAGAUUUAGUACCAAAAGAGGAGCCAAUAGUACUUAUAAUUGGUGCCAUGGCACAUGGCAAAGUGGAAGUAGAUUAUUCUGAAGAUGUUAUAUCAAUAAGUAAUUAUCCAUUAUCAGCUGCCUUAACAUGUGCAAAACUGUGUACAGCAUUUGAGGAAGUUUGGGGAGUUGUGUAAUAAGUAUAACUAUUAAAGAUUUUAAU